CACUGGUGGUCAGGAUGAGCCACCCACCUCCCCCGCUAGGCAGGACUCUGCUGAAGAUCAGGAUGAGGGGGAGCAGCCAUCUACCUCAUCAGCUACACAUUCUGGAAUGGUCUUGACCCUUCAGGAUGAGCCACCAUCUAUGUCGCCAGCAGUGUCCCCUCAAAUAUCUGACAUUGAGGAUGAAGACCUCUUUGCCUCUAGGCCUACUUCUCCCCAGCAUGAGCCUUCAGAAACACCUGGAGCUGAACCCCCACUGAGCCCCACUGAAGAUGAGCCUCUGUCUACUGACCCUGCUAGCUGGCCCUCACCUCUGACUGACAGGAUUCGGACUGAGCUGGUUCGAAGAGGACCAAGUAGGUUGCCACCUAACUUUGUUUUUCGGAAGAAUGAGAGUGAUGGGAGAAGUUGCCACCACCAAUAUUUUACGAAAACAUUAGUUAGUGGUGAAAAGAUGGCAAGAAGUUGGCUGGUGUAUUCAAUGAAGAACAACAGCCUCUUUUGCUUCUGCUGCAAACUGUUUUCAAAGAGGCUCACUAAUUUGACAAUGUCAGGAAUGUCAAAUUGGAAACAUGCAAGCGCAAACCUCACAGCACAUGAGGGUAGUCCAGAACACCUCAAUUCCAUGAAAGCAUGGAAGGAACUGUCAGUGAGGUUAAGAAGUGGGGAAACCAUCGACAAGCAGGAGAUGGCACUUGUGGAGGCUGAGAGGAUGAGAUGGAGAGCAGUGCUGACCCGUCUCAUUGCUAUUGUGCAGUCACUGGCAGUUCGUAAUUUGGCUCUCAGGGGACACACAGAAACACUCUUCACACCAUCAAAUGGGAAUUUCCUCCAAGAGGUUGAAUUGAUGGCCAGGUUUGAUCCCAUAAUGAAAGAUCACCUUAACCGUGUCACAAGAGGAGCAAGUCACAACAGCUACCUUGGCCAGCAUGUGCAAAAUGAGCUCAUUGGUUUAUUGAGCAGCAAAAUAACAUCUACUAUGGUUGAUGACAUCAAGCACGCCAAGUUUUUUUUUAAUUAUUCUGGACUGCACACCGGACAUUAGCCACACAGAACA